CUACCGGAAAACGUGUGCAUUGGCUUGCACUGCAGUUACUGGGCAAACGUGUGCAAUAUGGACGCUAUGGACUCGAGACACGCCGGAUGGACCAAUGCAUGCCGAGUGUAAGGAUGAUGGGAAGUAUGAGACUGAGCUACUGACCAGGUUUCACAAGCAGCUGCAGUCUACGGAGGACAUGAUGUUCCAUGUGUUUGAGGCACUGAAGAGCAUGCGGAAUCGGGUGUCGACCAACCCAGUGGACAAAGUUGCGGGACUGGCAUAUGUCAUGGUGUCCGAGGCAAUACCGGCAUACUAUGAGAGCCAGUCUCUCGAGGACGCAUGGACAGCACUCGUCAAUUCAAUGUUGAAUAAAUGUCGAGGGCAGCUGUUCUACUUCUAUCCUGAACCGGGAAAUGCAGGCAAAAAAUGGAGGCCAUCGUGGGACCAGCUUAUGUCCAAGCCUCUGCCCACAGAUGGAUACUCCAGCACUGUCGGGAUUGCCGAGAUUGAUCGGGAUGAGACAGGGGAUGAAGACACGUGUGACGCGUGCUGCAUUGAAAAGGGGGUGGUGCGGGGGUUGCAAGGGAGUGAUCGACGUGGAGAGUUGAUUGUAAAAGACAAGGGUGGGAUAGAACAUGGAUUCGAGGUCACUGCCACCCACACAUACCCGAUACCUGAUGACACUUACACACUGAUUGAUUCCUGCAGUGAAUAUGUGAGGCUACACAAUGUUUGGGUUGUUGGGCAAAGCCUGCCAGGGGGAAAGUUUGAGAAAGUGUCGGUGUUGGAACUUUCUCGUCAAGAACACUGCAGGUUAAACGAUCUGGAUAUUACUGAACAACAUCAAUAUAUUCUUAUCUGAGCAAGUACUCAUUGUGUAGUAGCUCUUCUU